CAGAAGGCAGAGAUCCAUCCACAGAUCCACUCCACCCAGCCUCGUCGGAGAUCUCGCCUCGUCGUCUCCUCUCCUCCACACGCGCCCCGGCCGCGCGAGAGCGAAGAGCUUGUGCCUGCACGUGAGCACGUCCAUGGCCAGCACCUGCUCGUGUGCUCUUCGAAGCUUCGGAGCCGCUCGCUCGCCCGUAGCCGCAGCCGUCCGGGUUUGAAUCGAAGGCCUGGAGUUCGGCGACAGGCGUUGUGUUCAAUUUAUUCCUUGGAGCAGGGGGGCAGGGCAGAGAGGAUCGUCGAGGGAGAUGAUGGUGGGGAAGAGGGAGAGGGACUGCAAGAACCCGAUGCGGCGGACCACGAGCAUGACGGAGUUCGCGCCGCCGGACGUGCUGACGGCGGUGGCGGAGGACGAGGAGGCCCAGCUGCCCGACAACAGCGGAGGCCAGGACUGGCUGUCCGCGUUCGGCGCCGGCGCUGUGGCGCAGGAGGACUGGCUGGCGGCGUACCGCGCGCGCGCGGCGCCGGCGCGGGUGGGCCUGCGCCGGAACUCCGCCGACUACUCGGUCGUCGAGACCGCCGCCUUCCUCCGCGCCUGCGGGCUCUGCCGCCGCCGCCUCGGCCCCGGCCGCGACACCUUCAUGUACAAGGGCGAGGCGGCUUUCUGCAGCCUUGAGUGCCGGGAGCGGCACAUCACGCAGGAGGAGUGGAAGGACAAGUGCGCGGUGAAGUCCGUCAAUAGCAAGGACGCGGCAGCGCCGCCGGUCACCGGCCGCCGCGCCGGCUCCGGCAAGCCCGGCGCUGGCGGCACGGUGGCCGCGGCAUGACGAGGCGCGCGCGAACGUACUAGUACGCACCACCCGCCGACGCAGGCCGGCCAGCUACACCUGCCUAGCUGUGCGCAGGCUUAUCGAUCGACCGAUCACUCGUCAGCAACUACUCUACUGGUGAUCACCAGCUCGAUUAAUCGAUUUACUAGUUUAGUUAUCUGGAAUUUUGGAUCGAUCUCGCUGCAUGCAAGCCGUAGAGACCGAUACUCCAACCAUCAAUCGACCGAUCCAUAGAUCCGUGUAAUAUGUUUCAUAAAAAAACAAAGAAAUUCUUGCAGCUCGCUAUGCUACCAUGCAUAGAUGCUGGUGCGUGUAUGCUAUCAGUGUACCGAUCGAGCAGCAUUACGCACACCCUGUAGAAAUGGGGGAAUAAAAUUAAAGUGGGGGAGAGAAGUGGCCGAUGCACUGCCAUUGUUGAUCAAUCUUGCUUUGUCACGCCACUGCAAUCAAACAUGUUAUUUACGAGGACAAUAUAUACACUGCGCGAGUUCAGUAUUUAA